AUGAAAGCCAUUGUAUUAUUGUGCCUGCUGGGAUAUGCUCUGGCAGUGGACCAAACAUACUCCUGGUAUGGCCCUGGAGAACCCAAUCAACGAGACCCCAACACUGACAAUGUAUGCCUGACGGACUCAGCCUCCUGUGGCUGCUGUCUGAUGCAGAAGCAGAUGUGGAGGAUGGAGAGUUUUUUCAACAUGAGUCUGACUGAACUACAGAGGGAACUUGAGAGGGCUCAGUCUGUCCUCAACAACGUGCGCGCCAGUCGAAGUGCCUUUUCUGUGGCCCUGACUGACACACGCCGUUGUCUGGGCCCCUUCAGGGAGGAAUCUGUGGUGAGGUAUCAGAGCGUCUUCCUCAACCUGGGUGAUGGCUACAGCACCACCAGUGGCACUUUCACUGCUCCCCGCUCAGGGGUCUACAGCCUGGCCCUAACGGUCUACAGCGAUGCCGGUUCGCCCGGGGCCACCCUGGCCGCCUGUGCCCGUCUGUGUGUGAACGGUCGUCCGGUGGCAUCUCCCAGCGAGAACAACCUGCAGGACCAGGAGGACAGCGUCAGUGCCGUGCUGGCUUUACAGCUACGGGCAGGCGACAGAGUGAACGUGAUGCUGCCCGCGGGCUGCUUCCUCUGCGACGACAACAGCCACUACAACACCUUCACCGGCUUCCUGCUCUACGCCACCGAUUGA